AAUGUUCAAUUAUAUGGCAAUGAAUGAAUAAUAAGUACGUGAAGGCGUACAAAAAUAUGGACCAGCUGUUGGUGCUAGAAAAAUAAUAGAUUAAGAAUAUCAACAUGCUUUAGAAUCAUUGAAUACUGGAAUUUAUGUAUUAAAUUAUAGAAUAAAUAAGAUUACUUAUUAUUGUGCAGAAUAAAAAUCUGAAUGUGCAAGAAUAGGUUCUACAAGUAAAUGUUUUUGUGGUCAUCUCUUUAGUUAACAUAAAUAAUAACUUGGUAAAAAAUUUAAUACUGGAUGUGAAAAUUGUGAAUGUAAAAGAUUUAAGUUUGUACCUUCAAGACCAGAAGAAUGUGGAAUGUAUUGGUUACCUCGUAGAAAAGAUUUUAAUAUUUUAACAUGGAGACCUCCUUGUAAAUGUAAUCAUGGAUGUGAAGAUCAUCUUCCUAAUUAUCCAUUAAGAUGUAAGAAAUGUUAAUGUUCUGAUUUUGAUUCUUACUUUGCAUGCAUUGCUUGUGAUAGAAGAUGGGAAUUACAUGAAACCCUUUUUGAAGAUGAGUCAGAAAGAAAAGCUUUAGGCAAAAAGAUUUCUCAAGAUUAUCUUCCACUCUCUACUACUCCAGAUAUUCAAUAGCAUGUCUUUCAAGAUUAAAAAUACUAAUAAAUGCCUUAAAAAUUAUAAUAAGGAUUAGUUGGAAAUGAUAAACCAUUCCCAAAAUAAAAAGUUUAAACUAAUAAACAACAAUAAUAUACUACACCUUAUACUAGACCUAAUCAAUAAUAACCAAAGGCUAUUUAAUAAUAAUAAUAACAAAAGGCUAUUUAAUAACAAUAAUAACCUAAUCAAACCCUUUAAAAGAAAAAGUGAUUAAAU